UAUACUUAUAGAUCUAGUUAAGUUACUUCUGUUUUAGCGAACUUAGACUUAGUCAAGUGAUAAGUCUCAUCUUUUUUGAAGUAACGUCUGUAAUACUGUAUUUUAUAAUAACUAUAACUUCCCAUCGCUUUUGCUGCCUCUUCUUCUUUUUCCUAGUACUCUUCCCUAAAGGAAGGUCUUUACGAGCCUUGAGGACAUUCCUCCUUGGGAUGUGGCCAUAGAGUUUAAGUUUGUGUUUUUUGACAGUGGUUAGCAGCUCAUCCAUUGCUAAGAUCCUCUUCUCGAGAUCUGCAGUCAGCGUCCAAAUUCACAAGCAUAUAAGAAUGAGACAGUGGCCAGAUGUUUGAGCAAGUCGAAGUAAAGUGUCAUAUUUUAACAAACAGUCAGAAUGAAUAGAAGAAAACGAUUUUCCAAUCCUUCAGAAGAAUGUUCUCCACGUACUAGAAGAAAUUCCAGAGCAGGUCAGAGCUUAAAGACAGCCACAAAGAGAUUGCCAGCGAGAGCCUGCAGAAGGUCAACUAACAGAGAAAAAACAACUUCUGUAGAUGACACUGAGAUUAUCGAUUGUGAUAAUUCUGUCAGCAGUUUAGACAGCAGCGUCUACAUUUGUUCAGACGAUCAACCUGUCACAGUGCCAGAGGAUGGAGACACACCGUUGAGAAUCGGCGUUCUGCCACCUAUUGAAGAUCAACAGUGCUCAACAGACAUUUUAACAAAGUCACACAAUACAGACGUUUCUACGGAGCCGAAAAAGACAGCGCGGCGUGGCCUGGCUAAAAAGCGUUUAGAUUCAUCUUCCAAUGUUGAUCAAAGUAUUUCCCACAAUGCAUCUGUAUAUUCACAAUGUGUUGCAAAAAACUUUAAGAUGUCUCUUCAGAGUCUUGAUUUGUCAAAAGAGGCUGUGAAACUUGAGUCUGUUCCUUCAAGUAGAACUACUGAAACAGAAAAUAGAUCAACAACCAAAAGAAAGGUAAAAAAGAAACCUGCUAGAGAGUCCUCAGAGUCAUCCGAUGUCAGUGAAGACUCUGAAAGAAGCACUGCUAAUGAUUGCCCAGAAACAAGCUUAAAUGUCAGGUCGCCAACUCCUCCGCCAAGUGCUAAAAAACCCCAGAAAACCAAACGAAUCAAUAAGAAACUUUCCAAAGCUCUAGACGCACUAAGCCAGGUGAAGGGCGUCCUGAAUAAAACACCUAGAAACAAAAGCCGUAGGAAGAAGAUAAGCUUGGAGAGUGAUGUAGUGUUACUGUAUGAGGAAAUGAUGGAAGACAUAUUGGUCAAAGUUCGCUACUUGUCUGCUGUACACAAGUUCAGGAUGAAUAUGACUGAAACUUUCAAAUCACUCAUCACCAAAGUGAGUCAAGAAAUCAAAGAAGAUGAACACAAUAUAACUCUGUAUCUUAAUGAUCAAAAACUGAAGCCUUCUGAUAGUCUGAGGUCUGUUGGACUGACUGUGGCAGAUAUUAUAGAAUGUCACUGCUUAAAGUGUGAGCAGGACGAGAUGGACAGCUCUGAUGUCAUCAACUUGGUGAUUCGCAUGAGUAACAAAUCCAAAACCACAAUACUGGCAAACAAGCGCCGGCCACUGCAAGAUGUCAUCAACAAAUUUGCUGAAAUGAAAGGACUUGAUCAUUCUUCACUUGUAUUCUCUUUUGAUGGGGAAGAGAUGGAUCCUAUGGAAACUCCUUUUGGUCUGGACAUGGAGUCUGAUGAUUGCAUUGACGUCUCCUAGCAACUGUCAAGACUUGUCCUAGUAGAAAUACUUGUAUAUACUCAUUUUCAAAAUUAGUAUUUACCCUACCAUUUUUUAUCAGUGGAUGUCCAUUAAUGGGCCACCAAGAUUAUCAUUUGUGACAGUUUAUAUUUAUUUCAUGUUGCAAAAAUUUUUUAAAAUUGAUUUAUUAAACUGUAUAUCUACCUUGUCACUCACA